AUGCUGGAAGUUACCGAUCCUCGCCUGUUGUCAACAGAGGAAGACGAAGGCUCUGAAAGAAAGACUCUACAGCAACAAUUAAAGGAGAAUAGAGAGAGAAAACAAAGAGAAUACCAGGAACAGUUGGCUGCAAAGAAUUCGACAUACAAACUAGACGAAAAAUCAGCACAAUUCUACGAGGAGUUGAGAGCCAAAGAACUUGCUAAGGAAAAUCUCCACAAACAGCAAGAACGCCAGCAACUAGAAAAGUUUCGCCUGUUAAAAUCAGCUGCUAGUUAUAAAGCUGAAUCUGGUAAACAGGUAUCUACCACACCACCAACUAUUUCUAGCUCGGCACCUUCUGUGGAAUCUGUUUCUGGGGUUGUGGAAAAUGUCGAAUCUGGAUCAGUCAAGAAAGCUACACCCACAAUAGUUUUGCGCAAACGCUCAUCGCAGAAACUGGUAGAAACAGCCCCACCUACUAAAUUAGCUAAACUGGAGAAGCACGCAGAGAAGCAAGUUCCAGCUGCGGGCUCUGCAGUGCCUGAACAAACGGUGGGGUCCAAAGUGGAAUCACUUUUGGGCGACUAUUCUUCAGACGAGGACUAA